AUGAAUGACUUGUUCUCCAGCUCGUUUAAGAAAUACACAGACCUGAAGCAGCAGGCUUACCUGGACGACAUGGAAGCCGGCAAGGAUGCUGGUGUCAACCUCGAUAGAUUCUUUGAAGAUGUCGAGAAUGUCAAGGAAGACAUGAGGCAAGUUGAGAGGCUGUAUAGGAAGCUGCAAGAAGCAAAUGAAGAGAGCAAAAUCGUCCACCAUGCUAAAACCAUGAAACAGCUUCGAGCCCGGAUGGACACAGAUGUUGAGCAGGUCCUCAAACGUGUCAAAGUCAUCAAGGGGAAGCUCGAAGGCUUAGAACGUUCCAACGUGUCGCACCGGAACCUUCCCGGCUGUGGUCCGGGGUCUUCCGCCGAUCGAACCAGGACGUCGGUGGUGGGCGGGUUGGGGAAAAAGCUGAAGGACAUGAUGGAUGACUUUCAGGGGCUAAGAGCCAGAAUGACAGCAGAGUAUAAGGAAACAGUUGAACGCAGGUACUUCACAAUUACAGGAGAGAAGGCAAACGAAGAAACCAUUGAGAAUCUGAUAUCUACAGGGGAAAGCGAAAGUUUUCUGCAGAAGGCAAUUCAGGAACAGGGGAGAGGGCAAAUAUUGGACACCAUAUCAGAGAUUCAAGAAAGACAUGACGCUGUGAAGGAGAUUGAGAAGAAUUUGAUUGAGCUCCAUCAAGUGUUCUUGGACAUGGCUGCUCUGGUGGAGUCUCAGGGUCACCAGCUCAAUGACAUUGAGAGCCACGUGGCGCAUGCUAGCUCGUUUGUUAGACGAGGUACCGAUCAGCUUCAGGAGGCUACCGGGUACCAGAAGAGCUCCAGGAAAUGGACAUGCAUUGCCGUUUCUGUUGGUGGAGUUUUCAUCGUCGUCCUUCUAUUUCCACUCUUAAAAAAUAUUUUUCCUCAAUUGUUUAUGUUAUAG